AGCUUCGACUUUGCUGGUAGAGGCCGGAUAAUCAAGGGCAGGCCCAUCAUGUCUGAGAAGCAGCUCACGGAGUUUGUCGAUCACAGGUUCGCCCAGCGACAGGCUUUGACUCUAGCAAGAUACGAAGAUACUGGCGACCCGAUUAUGCUUAAGAUUCGUUACGAUUUACCACCCGAGUCAUUUGGUAUAACAGACAUUGAAGAAACACGAGAACGGGCACUCGACCGCUUUCUGGAAGAAGUGAGAUUGGUCGAACAAGUGCAGGAAAUUGGCUACGGGCUUGCAUACAUUGAGCAUGCUAGACAGCCUGCUGGGCCAAGAUUCCCGUACCCAGGUGGUAAUGCAUAUUUUAUUGUGAUGUCGCGGGUUCCGGGUGAGGAUCUUGGUCGUAUAUUUCGUCAACUUUCAGAUAACCAGCUCGGAGGGAUUCGGACACAGCUUGCUUAUAUACUCGAGUACGUCUUAUUCCCUUCUACUCCAGGCGGCAUGGCCUUCUAA